AAAGUUCUAUUGGCCCAGGAAAAAAGGAAAAGCUAAAAUCUUCGAACUUACUAGAUGAGUGCCCUAAGACCUAUCCUAUGCCUUGCAACAGCAAUUGCAAGAGCAAAGCUUAGAUUACUGAAUAACUAAAAGGAGCAGAACCAUGGGAGGAGGAACCAUGAACAUUGAGCUUCCAAUGAUUCGAUUCAAUUCUUCCUCCUCUAGUGUUCCUUCCGUAUCUUCGUCUUCUUCAAACAGUCUUAGCCUUCCAGUUCCAUCCAAUCAUAUUGCUCCACUUGGACCUUCUUCUACUGCUUCUUCUUCCUCCUCCUGCCAUGGUGAAAUUUGUAGAAGGCUAGAGGCUGGAGGUGGAAAAGAGAAUAAAACAGUAACCGGGUCCUUCAAUAAUUUUGUUUUGGGGCCUGUUCCGUCCAAGCCAGAAGUUGAAGAUGCUGUAGCUGCCCUCCAGAAUUUCAUUCAUGGUGUUUCUUCAUCUACACCACAGUUGAAAUGGCUGCAGGCUCUUUUGGACAGUUGUGACUCAAGACGAUGGCAAUCUCAAGGGCUUGGAAGAGCCUACGAUACCUUCAGCUUGCUCCUGAAAGAGCCAUCUGUUAAGAGGCUGGUCGUUGCCCUAUCAUCUGAUAAAGCUCUUUGGGAUGCUAUUAGCAAGAAUGAGUUAGUUCGGAAGCUUUGUGAGUUGCCCCACCCUGCAGUUGAAAAUGGAAGGGCAUGGAAUUCAACCGGUGGAGCAGACCUCGGCAAAGUCAUUUUACAGUGGAUUUUGGACAUGACAAAAGCAAAAAUCACAGAACUCGUAAUGAAAUUCCAGUCUCUUCUGAAUGAGGUUUUCCAAACUCGUGGGAGUGAAAAACCUGAUGAAGAAACCAGAGACCAGUUGGACGAAACAAUUAGAUCAUCGCUGCUUCUCUCCAUUGUCGUACUGUUGAUCGUGAUCGUAGCUCGGGUUCAAAGGGUGUGAUCAAAGACGCAACAAACAUGAUUGGUUUACUCUGUGAUCCAAACAUUUUCUUCAUUCCAUGUAAUUAUCUUUACCACCACGACCUUGAACAAUUUCGCUUCAUGCUUUUCAUCUCA